CAAAAUUAGUCUUUUGCCCUCUCUCUCUCUCUCUCACACACACACACACACACUCCCGUCGGCUCACCGGAAAGCAAAUGGGAAAGACGCCGGUCAAGUACUCAGUGAUUGACGCCUUCACUGAAUCGCCGUUCAAGGGAAAUCCGGCAGCCGUUUGUCUUCUUCAGGAAGAGAGAGAUGACGAAUGGUUACAAUCUGUAGCGACUGAGUUUAACAUUUCCGAAACAUGUUACCUAAUUCUGAUACCUUCUACCAAUUCAGACUUAACUCCUCGUUUCCGUCUCAGAUGGUUCACUCCCGUUGCGGAGGUUAAACUCUGUGGUCAUGCAACCCUAGCAUCUGCGCAUUUCCUCUUUACGUCUGGUUUAGUCGCCGAAGCUGAUAAAAUAGAAUUUCUAACCCUUUCUGGAAUUCUCACUGCUAAAAGACUUUAUGAAGCUGAAAAAACAGAUUCUAUUAGAUUGAAGAAUGGUCAAUCGUUGAUUAAUAACUUCUCAAUUGAAUUGGAUUUUCCAGUAGUACCAUUGGUUGAAGAUGAUCCUGCUGGAGAAGUUACAAUUCGCAAAGCCAUUAAUGUUUCUUCCAUAGUUGAAAUAAAGAAGGCGACAGGAGAUGACUUCUUAGUUGUUCUUCCAUCAGGGAAGGAUGUAUCAGACUUUGAGCCCCAAUUUGAUGAAAUACAAAAAUGUGAUGGCAGAGGUUUGAUUAUAACUGGUCUUGCUCCCACUGGAUCCGGUUUUGACUUCAUUAGUCGAUUCUUCGCCCCCAAGUUGGGGAUAAAUGAGGAUCCUGUUACUGGAAGUGUACAUUGUGCAUUAGCAGCUUAUUGGUCCAAAAAACUUGGGAAAUGUGAUUUUGUUGCUUACCAAGCAUCACCUAGAGGAGGCAUUAUAAACCUGCAUUUAGAUGAGAUAAACCAAAGGGUUUUGCUUAGGGGAAAAGCUGUUUCUGUAAUGGAAGGCUCUAUCCUUGUCUAAUUUGGUAACAUUCCUAUCUAUCUAUCUAUCUAUUAGAUAUGCCCCUUUAAAUUCAAGCUUUGAUAUAAAAUUGCAAUUUACUUUGUUCUGUAACAUGUACUAGACAUGCUCUAUGAAUAUAUUAAUGUGCAAUUGUGUUUGUUUA